UCCUGUCAAGUGAGAAGCCCCUGUGUGACUUAGUAUCAAUAGUGGUGGAUAGUAUAUAAAGGUGCCCUAAAAUGUUACGUUCACUCAAUUUCAUUAAGAUCAGAAAAGCCAUGGAAGUAGUGACUCUGCUGUUUCUGCUCGGUACUGCAGGAUAUGUCCAUGCAGACUGCUAUCCCAGUGAUACUGCCUACACUGCAAUCAUUCAAAAUGUAUACCAUGGAGUUACAUCGAACAACUUCCGGCUGACUGGAAGUGAUCAACUCCCAGGAUUUAUAACCAGAAAACAGCUGUGUGACAGGCUCACAUCUCAUCACAAUAAUGGAAAAAAACACUGGAAUGGCAAAAACAAACCAAGACUUUCUUGGAAAUGGCUACAUUUCGUCCUCUCAAUGUCAAGAUGCUCUCACCUACACUCAAGGCUACAACAGCAUCACUGGCUGGCAGCGAUGGGAUGGUUACCAUAGCGGCAAGUGGUAUAAUACAGUCAAUGGAGGUGAUAAUGAUGGUGCCCAAUGGAAUGCUCCAUAUUCAACAUCGGAUGCAAAGCAUACGUAUGCUGUACAAUCAGUGCGAUUCGAUUCUGAUUGGCGCAAAAAUAAGUGCCACACCAAAUAUUCUGGAGUCACCUGUCGCUAUGGAUGGAAUCAAUCUGGAACUGGGGUGCAGUAUGUGUGGGGAUGGGACCCAAAAGAUGAUGAUUGCAACAAGAAUGGAGUCACACCGGGACAUAGAGGUGCAGUUGUGGGUUUCACUUUCACUGUUGGACAGAGCCAUUGCAUUGUGUGGGUGACCAAAGAGGAGGCCUUCCUGGAGUGUGUCAAGAAUGGCCGCAGGACCAGCACCACCAGCGGUGCUCUAGACUCAGAGGGAUAUGGUCAGUGGACCAUUCAGUAGAAAACUGACGUAUAACAUUGAUGCAGAUAGUUUAAUAGUUAGUUGUCAUGCCAAAAUUACUGGUUUUGACUACGGAACUCUUAGUUAUAGCAUUUUUUCUUAAAAUAAUAAUUCUUAAUUGAUAUUUAAA